AUGACGGAAAGAAACCUUAAAACUCAGAAUGGCGUUCUUCAGGCAGUCAUUUCCGUCAGAGAUCAACUAGGCCUUAGAGGGGAAGCUGAAGAUUUCGUGAAACCACAAUUUCCACAUCAUAUAAGAAAAUAUGUAAUCAAAAAAUUAUCUAUUACACGAAAUCCUCAAAAUGAAACCAAUGACCAUAUUUUAAAGUCUUUGGAAACCAUUAAUGAUUUAUAUUCUGAGAGUAAAUGUCUACAUGUGUUUAUGGAUGGCUCUGUGUUAGCUAACAGUAUUGAUGCAGGCGCUGGCGUCUUUUGCAAGCUUUUCCCAUUUCUUAAUCCUGCUGGAAAGAACAAGACUGCUUUUGAUGCUGAGAUCAGAGGCAUACGCAUAUCCUUAUCCAAACUCCAAUGUCAACUUGAAAAUUUUUCAAAAGUUGUCAUACUCGCUGAUUCGAAAGCUGCUUUUCUAGCCAUUUCUUCUUUCACCAGUCUGUUGAUGUUUUAA